AUGUCGCUCCCUAGUCCCCGCCAGGCCAUGGCCAGUCCUAUCCAUCCAGUGUCCAUGCUGGAAAAGUUGGAUGUCUUUCCGGGUCUCCUUUCCCUUGCGGGAACAGCAGUAUACACCGCAGUAACUGCUCCCUUCCGUGGCGAAUCCGGGGCAUACACAUUCGGACAGCACGUUGCACAUGCUGUCCUACGAAAGGUACAUCCUCACGGGUCAAGGAUAGGUGCCAGAUACGUUGGCGAACCUUUUUCAAAAGUCUAUGCCAAAUGGUGUCAGGACAAGGGUGUACAGCCAGAAUACGUCACCCUGAAAUCUGGUUGCAGAGCAUUCUGGAUGGGAGACCAUAAAGCCGCCAAGUACAUCAUGAUCUACUACCAUGGUGGCGGCUUUUCCCUCGACGGGGAUGAUACCCAUAUCAAAUUCUGGCACACUGUCCAGAGCGACCUCGAGGCAAACAACAUCCCCAUUGCAAUCUUGUUCCUCGAAUACUCGCUCGUACCACAUGCUACCUAUCCAACUCAAAUCAUUGAGGCGGUUGAAGCCUUUCAGUAUGCGAAGACCGAAUUGAAACGACCGGCAUCCGAGAUCAUUCUUGGUGGUGACUCGGCCGGCGGUAAUAUGUGCUUAGCAAUCCUGUCGCACAUCAUGCAUCCCUCACCCGAUUUUCCAGAGCUCAAGCUUGUUGAUGGUGAGAAACUCAAGGCCCUCGUUCUGGUGGGGCCAUGGGUCUCCUUCAAGUUAGAUUGGGCCAGCGAGGAACGAAAUCGUUACAAAGACAUCGUCAGUGCCUAUGUUGGCGGUAAAUGGUCCAAGGAUUACCUGGCAGGAAAAGAGACGAGCUCGUACGCUGAGGCCAUCCUUCCACCGGCUGAUUGGUGGAAAGACUCCAGGGUUGAACAGUUGAUUGCUGUUUCAGGGGGAGACGAGGUAUUGAUCGAUCCCAUAACUCAAUGGGUUGAGAAGUAUAAGUCUGUCAAUCCAGAUACUACAACAUAUGUGAUAGGAGCGCAUGAAGCGCAUAUAGCUCCGAUCAUCAAUCUGCGAUUCGGGAAUACCACUGAGACGGAACAAGGCAAAGGUAUCAAGUCAUUCUUGAAGGCAAAUCUAUGA